CCCCAAUGAUGCAUUGUGAUUGGCUAUACUGAUUUGUAAAUUAAAAAAAGUAGUCUUGAUGAUUAAACUGGUGUUCGAUAUAUUCUUAAGUUUUGUCAAUUAAUUUAUUUCUUCGAGUUAUAGAAAUUAUCAAUUACUUAAUAGCUAAUAAUAUGUCACACACAAUUCUUUUGGUUCAACCGGGACAAAGACCUGAGACGAGAACAUAUUCAGACUACGAAAGUGUUAAUGAUUGUAUGGAGGGAGUUUGCAAGAUAUACGAGGAACACUUAAAACGGAGAAACCCAAAUACGCCGACAAUAACAUAUGAUAUUUCACAACUAUUUGAUUUUAUAGACCAAUUAGCAGAUCUUAGUUGUCUUGUUUACCAAAAGUCAACCAACACCUAUGCUCCAUACAAUAAAGAUUGGAUAAAAGAAAAGAUCUAUGUAUUACUACGCCAAGCAGCUGGACAAGGUGAUUAAAUUGACAUAACAAAGUAAAUGGUCUGCCAAGGUUUGUAAUGGAUGCAUAAAUGGUAAAAUUCAUAAAUUUAUUUGUUACAAUAUUCAUGACAAUUUGUUUAAUUUUUUUUUAAAUAAAAUGUAAUGUGCAUUUAAAUAUUUAAUUGUAUAAAAGAAAAAUGUUUUACUGCAGCUGUUAAAAUUUUGGUUUAUAACUGACAAACAGCAUAACCUUUCCUAUCAUCUUGAAUACAAUUUUUUUGACAAAGACCAUCAUUGCAAACUGAGACGUAGCCUAGGUAGUAAGUAAAUUGGAGAUAUGCAUAGUUUACAGAAAUCCUGUAACUUUUGAUUUAAAAGCAUACAAAGUUAUAUCAAGAGUAAUAAGUUUUUUAUCAGACAUUUUUAUUUUGCAGAGAAUAAAAAUUAUUUUAAUUUUAAUAUCCUAUUAAAUCAAAAUAUAAAAAAUAAAUUAAAUCAAGGUGGUUUGCAGUUGUCACAAGUGCUUUCAAAAAACUAUUUGUUGGUUGGUAAUUACUUGGUUAGUUACUGUAGCCAGGGAAUAGAUGCUUUUCAUCUGACUGCCUGCAUUGUGCAAGCCACCUUGGUGGGUGUAGCCAAAACUAACUUUCUGUAAAGGGAGCGAUCUGUGUCCACAGCAUUUUUUGUAUUUUUUUUUAAUAAUAACUUCAUACUAAAAAUAGUAUGUAUAUCAAAAGACAGUUUGACACAAACUGUUUUUUUUUUGUUUCGACUCCUUUAAUUAGUGAUAAGUAUGAAUAAAGAUUUAAUUGUGUA